AUGAUCUCUCUCCUUCAUCAAUCCAAGUUCAUCUCCUUUCUCCCCUUCUUCUUCUUCUUCUUUCUCAUCAAAACCUUAAAUGCACAACCAACGUAUCUUCACAGCUACUGCUACAAAUCCGGUAGCUACACGGCGAACAGUUCCUACAAAUCCAAUCUAGAUUCCCUCAUCUCCGUUCUCCGUUCUCAAUCAUCCUUCAAAGGUUUCGACAGCUACACUACAGGUUCUUCCCCGACCACAACGGUGUACGGAACUUAUCUAUGUCGCGGAGACAUCUCGUCCUUGUCAUGUGAAACAUGCAUUUCAAGAGCGUCCCAAAACGUUCUUAUCGUAUGUCUUGGCCAAAAAGAGGCGAUCAUAUGGUAUGAAGAAUGCUUCCUUAGAUAUUCCAACCGUCAGAUUCUCUCCAUCUUUGAUUAUGGACCGUUCGUUACGUGGACGACGUACAAUACCAUGAUGUAUCAAUCUUAUUUCAUAUAUACCGUGGAAUCUCGUAUGGACCGGCUGAUACGAGAAGCCUACACGAGCUCUUCUUAUUUCGCGGAGGAGACGCAUCAUGUGAGUUUUCUUGAAGAAGUUUAUGAUCUGCACGGAUUGGUACAGUGCACGCCCGAUCUAAGCCAGUCCGAUUGCUAUAGAUGCUUGAAAUGGGCAUAUAAUGAGACUGAGGAUUGUUGUUAUGGGAAACGUUUUGCAUUGGUUUACUCUACCAAUUGUUUGUUAACGUAUAAAGCUAAUUUCUUGGAGUCACCUCCUCCACCUUCGCCACCGCCACCACCGCCAUUGAGUUUUUCUAGAAGAAAGAGAAGCCCCAAUUCCAACGGUUCAUUCUCAUUUAACUUAAAAGGUAAAGGGUUUCGAAAAAUCAUCGCUCCGGUGAUCAUAGCUGCGGUGGUAAUGAUCUUGGCGAUUUGUGUGUGCUCUCUCUGUUGCUGUUGCUUAAAGAAGAAGAAGAAGAAGAAGGAGGUGGAAGAAAGAGAAACUUCAAGAGAAAUGUCGACGUCGACGAGCAACGUUGCUGAAAAUCUUACGGUUGAUCAGCCAAUAGCCAAAACUGAAUCACAACAAUUAUCAGCCAAUUAA